GAGAGAGAGAAAGUUUACUUUCAUGUACAAUUAUUCAUCUACACAUUGUAACAAAAAUGUAAACUGUUGCUUAACGCAACUUUUUAACUAAACCUUUUCCUACAGUGAUGUGUGACAAAAUAAGUGUGAAAAAUACUCUAGAAGAAAAGUGCCGAAUAGCGCACAUUCGCGCCUCGUUAAUAUCAGUGCUUUCAUUAUUAUUCCCAAUUUUUGUCAUGUGAUUUUUAGUUUGUCAUUUUUGAGAUACAAAACAUAGUAGAGUUGAAACUGUCUCUUUUUUAAAAGGGAAUGACGAUCCUCUGAAUGGAGCUAAUAUAUUGCCUACAAUUUGACAAGUAGGUUAGAAUUUGGUCAAGUUAAGGUUAAGGUUAGAUUAGGUUGGGGUGAGGUAUAGCACAUGCACAUAUAAAUCUCAAAAAUCCUUACUAAUAAUGUUGAAAAGGCGAUUAACGUUUACAUUAAGUAAACUGUGCGAAAGUUCGUGCUCUCAAAAUAGUUUAUUCGCUCAAACAGCACGUGCAUAUAGUGUAGAUCAUGAAAAAAGGCAAUAUUUAUGGAGAAAGAAAGAGGAAGAUCUGCAGCAAUCCAAAGUCGGAGACGAUCCAGAAAAGCCCAAGAAAUUUCUGUGGUUUCCCACGGAUGCGCCCAAAAUGACUGAUUUCUCCAUUGGCAAUAUUCCAAAGUGGUUAGCCCAUCAAAAAGUUCAGGCUACCAAGUAUAGUCAGAAAUUUAUACCAGAGAGACACGAGACAUUGGGCGCCGAUUUAGCAACUGCUCACUUUAUUAUUCAUCGUGGUGGUCGAGUAAGGUUUAAGGGUGACACUCAUUGGACCGAACAAGAUGAGAAAGGCAAGUUUAACUUGCCCAACACGUACAAUCCACGCUAUCAUCUUGAAGCGAUAGAUGUUAAUGGAUUUGACAUGCAUUAUGAGGGUCUGAGCAACUUGUGUGGUCUUAUGAGGCUCAAAUGGCUCAGUUUGAAAAACUGUAAGAAUGUUGAUGAUUGGGGUUUGGACAAGAUUUCAGCAGAAUUUCCAGAACUGGAGUACUUGGACAUAUCCGGCUGUGAAAAGAUCACUGAGAGAGGACUGGAAUCACUGUACAGAAUGUUCAAUUUGAAGACACUAAUUGUGACAAAUCACUAUAAGUCUGUUGCAUUCGAAUUGACUUGUUUGAUGUUGGAAGAUUGUACACCAGGAUUGACUUGUGAAAUUCUUGUAGCUGAAGAAAAACCAAAAGAAUAAUAUAUUAAUAAAUAGUUAGAUUGAUAUAGA